AUGGACGAAUUGCCAGCUUCGAGUGUCGGAGAUAAACCUUCUGGCAAACUUUCAAUGACUCAACCAAUUUCAAAAUCAAAAGAAAAGGUAACAAAAUAUUCAAAAAAAAGUUUUCACUUAUGAAAUUACAGAUUGGAUCUGGUGAGCAAACAAAGAAAAUCAAUGUGGUUGAUGCAAUUUCGAAAAAAGCUGUGAGUUAUUUUUCUCGCUUUACACAUUUUUAAAUCGGGAUUCUUGAAGACAACUUCACUGCAAACUCAAAAACAAGCUUCGACCUAUAAACCAAUGUCAACAUCAAGAGAAAAUGUGAGUUCGUGAAAUUAAAUUCAAAUUCAAAUUCAAUAUAAUAAUAAUAAUCAAAUUCAGAUUGAAAAAAGUCGAACUUUUUCAUCUGAAGCGAUAGUUCAAAAGAAAAACAGCAAUCGAGAUGGAAAAGGAGGAACGGUAACAUAGGUUUACAAAUUCUACAAGAAUCGUUGUUUUUUUUUAGAUGUCAGUCAAAACACAAAAACCUGCGAGUGAUCUGAAAACUCCAUCAAAAAGUAAAGAAGCUGCGCUUUCCAAAGAAGCUGUGAGAUUUUUCAUACAUUUUUUUGGAAAUCCAAAAUUGAAAUUAUUUUUUUUAGAUGGAAAACACAAUUCAACAAAAGACAUUAUCAGCAGAACCAAUAAAAGGAUCAAAAAGAAAUAGUAUUAUUAAAAUUAUAAAUUCGAAAGAUGGCGGAAAAUCGAAAAGAGUGGUAGGUUUUGCUUUUUUUGACUGCAAAGAAAAAAUUUGAAAAUUUAGGCAAGCAGAGGAAAGAAGGGUUAUCAUCGUGAAUCGAGAGAAUCGGCAAGGAGAGGAAGAAAAUCAUUGAGAAAAAAACCGGACGAAUCAUUUGCUGCCAGAGAGGUAUGAAAAGAAUAUGGAAGUUUUGAAUUGAAAUCAAAACAUUUUUGAUUUUCGGACUUCCUGAACUGGAAUCUUUGUCUAAAACUUUAUUGAACCAAAUUCAAGGUUUAACAAGAACAUUUUUGCAGAUGGAUACCCAAGAUGAUAGUUUGAAAGAUCUUUAUAGAAAAAUGAAAGCAACUUCACAAGCAAAGUCAAUAAAAUCACCAGAAGAAUGUCUGACACAAGGAUCAUCUGGAUCAAAAGAAAAAGGAUCGAAAGAAUCAAAGGAAUCGAAAAAAUCAAGUGAGAAUAAAGCACAAAAACCAACAGUGAAUACUUUGAGAAGAAAAAUGCAAAAAAUUGGAUUGAAACCAAAUAAUACGACAAGAAAAAAGAAAUAUGAUCAAGAAUUGGAAGAAUGUAAGUGAUGUCUUCUCAUUUAGAAUUUGAGAUAGAUGAGUUUUAGGGUAUGUUCAAGCAGUUUCAUAUCGCUGUGAUACAACUCGUUAUCGUUGUAAAUAUGAAAGACCAUUUGAUUUGUUGAUGCAAUAUAUGUUUCCACCAUUAUUAACAGUUUUUAUAUUAUUCACAACACUGAUUCUAUUUAUUGUUUUUUCAAAAGAUUUCACUGGUUAUCACAGUCAUACAACUGCUAUUCAACAAAUUUCGAAAAUUCAAUAUGAUCGAAUAAAAUACGAGAAAAUGUGAGCUUUGAAAUAAUUACGAUUUAAUGGAAAUCUAUUUUUUUCCAGCGAUGAUUUUUUGAAUAAUCAAUUAAAUAAUUUCAAAUGUACAGGAAGUAAGUCCAAGAGAAUUUCCAAAAUAAAUCUAGAGAGUUGAUUUUCAAAAUGUCAGAACACCUACAGCUUUUUGAAAAAAAUUUUUCUGAAUCUUAUUUUAAAAAUUAUUUUUUGAAAUAUUAGACAAACUCAACUUAGUGUCAGAGUCCAAUUCAAAAAUUUUUUUUUGAAAUUUCAGUAUAUCAGUUUGGUUAUUAUGAAAUCGAAAGUCUUCGAGAUGAAUUUUACGACGGAAGAAUUAUUAAAAAAGCAAUACGAGCUGAAAGUUAUAGAUGGGUAUGUUUUUUUCGGGAAUUUUUAUUGGCUCAACAACAUACAUAGACAUCUUUGAUCUCAUUUAAUUUUUUGUAGAUGAACUCGACACAUUCUGAAUUUAAUGGAUUGAUAAAUUGUCCGCCAAGUAUUGUUAUUGAGUUUUAUGAUCAAGAAUAA